AUGGUUAGACCAACAAUUUAUUUUUAUAGAGCAGCUGAUGCAUAUGGUUGUUUCAGUAACUUUUCAGAUCAUCCUGUAAUGAUGGAUGGAUAUAUAUGGCCAACAAGUGAACAUUACUAUCAAGCAAUGAAAUUCAAAACAACAGAUAUUGAGUAUUACCAUCAAAUUAGAGAUGCAGAAUCUCCAGCAAGAAGUUUUAAAAUGGGAAAUACAUAUGCACAUGACAAAAGAAGAGACUGGAAUCAAAUAAAAGAUCAGGUUAUGUAUGAUGUAGUCCUUAAUAAAUUUCUACAAAAUAAAGAUAUUCAAAGAAAUACUGGUAUAUCAAAAAUAGUGGAACAUACGAGAUGUGAUGACUAUUGGGGUGAUGGUUCUGAUGGAAAUGGUAGAAAUCAACUUGGUAAGACAUUGGAGCUGGUAAGAGAGUUUAUAAAGAAUGCAAAUGAAAAAGAGCUACAAGACAAUGUUUAA